CAUUGAACCUGGCUCAUUCCUCACCAAUUGCCUGCCUCUAUAUCUCGGUCGACAUUCGCGCGAUGGCACCGACAAAACCAAAGAAGAAGUCGCAGUCGGACAGAGCGAGGGAUCGAGCUCGAGUAAAGCCAGCAGCUGCACGAGGCGCAAAUGUUAACCCGAGGGACCUCCUCGCCCAAGCGACCGCCCACCUUGAAGCAGGCGACCCCCAAACCGCAGCGAAGAUAGCGCUCGCCGCUUAUGAGCAUGUUGGAGAAGGCGGAAGGCUUGCUGGAGCCGUCUUGUCCAUCCUCGGUCAGAUCCAUGUCGAACUGGGAGAAGUUGACACCGCCCGUGCCUUCUUCGCUGCUGCCGUCAAGGUUGACGAGGACGGCUCCCUCCCAGAAGACGUUGGCGGCGGAGCCGAGAAAUUCUUAUGGUUAGCACAGCUUAGCGAGGAGGGCGGGCAAGACAGUGUUUCGUGGUAUGAGCGCGGGGCUGCCGUCUUGCGUGCCCAGAUCCAGACACUCACCGAGUCGCUCGAAUCACGACCCCUGACACGCGACACGCAAGAGGCGGUCAUAGCAGAAAAGCGGAAGCGCCUUGCCGAGACGCUGUGCGCCGUGGCGGAGGUUUACAUGACGGACCUCAGCUGGGAGGAGGACGCCGAACAGCGAUGCGAGGCUCUCGUUACGGAAGCGACCAUGCUCGCCCCCGAGUCCGCCGAGACGUGGCAGACCGUCGCCAACGUUCGGAUCUCCCAGACCAGGACCGAGGAGGCGCGGGAGGCCUUGAAGCGAAGUUUGGGGCUGUGGAGCGAUCUUGCGCCGGAAGAUCCUGCCGUACCACCGUUUCCUACACGAGUCAGUCUUGUUAGGUUGCUGAUCGAGGUUGGAAUGGAGAAGGAGGCGAUUGAUGUCACGGAGCGCUUGAUAGCCGAAGACGACCGGAGCGUCGAGGUUCUGUACCUCGGCGGGUACGCCCGGUACAUCUCCGGGGAGAACCUGAAGACCCAGGGACAGCCUUCAGAUGCCGAGACCUGGAAAGCCUUCUGGCGAUCAUCCAGGAAGUGGCUCGCUCAGUGCCUCAAGGUCUUUAAGCAGGAGGAGUACGAGGACGAAAGGUUAGGGGAGCAUGCGCAGGAGCUUCUUGAGUCCAUAAAAGGCGAACUUGGCGAGGCUGCCGAGAACGGAGAGGAUGAAGACGAAUGGGAGGAUACCGACGACGAAGAGUGGGAGGGUAUUGAUGACGACGAGGACACGGAAAUGCAGUGACGAGCCCAUGUUUUUUUCUUUCUCGCAAGCGGGAAUCUCCACACGGUAUUGAUAGACGGUUGUAUGUCAGACAUUUCCACGGCAUACUAGCAGGCGUUCCGUACGGAACAUUGUCGGCUGGCGA